GAGCAGAAUACUCAUUAGCUCCAACACACUCAGAAUUUUAUUUGUUUGAACAUAAUUAUUACGCCUUUGAAGUGAAAUAAAUACAAUAAUACACUAACAUAGAUUCAAAUGGCAACAUCAUCACAAGCUGAAUUUGAGCAUCCUAGGAAGGCAUUUGGAUGGGCAGCAAGGGAUUCAUCUGGAGUUCUCUCCCCUUUCAAUUUCUCUAGAAGGGAAAUUGGAGAGAAAGACGUUGCAUUAAAAGUGUUGUAUUGUGGUAUAUGCCACACGGACCUGCACAUGGUGAAGAACGACUGGGGCAAUUCCAUCUACCCAAUGGUCCCCGGGCAUGAAGUAGUUGGCAUAGUGAAAGAGGUGGGAAGCAAAGUACAAAAGUACAAAGUUGGAGACAAAGUGGGUGUGGGAUACUUCGUGGAAUCUUGUCGCUCCUGCCAAAAUUGUAUUGACAAUCUUGAGAAUUACUGUCCCAAAAACAUUAUAACACAAGGUGCCAAAAACAUCGAUGGUACCACCACCUAUGGUGGUUACUCUGACUCAAUGGUUGUUGAUGAACGCUUUGUCAUUCGAAUUCCUGAAGGGCUACCUCUUGAUGCUGCGGCUCCUCUCCUUUGUGCUGGGAUUACAGUGUAUAGCCCUCUUAAAUAUUAUGGGCUUGAUAAGCCUGGUUUGCAUGUGGGUGUAGUUGGGCUUGGUGGGCUUGGCCAUAUGGCAGUGAAGUUUGCCAAAGCCCAUGGGGCUAAGGUCACUGUGAUCAGUACUUCACCCAAUAAAAAGGACGAAGCAAUAAUACAUUUGGGAGCUGAUUCAUUUUUGGUUAGUCAUGAUCUAGAGCAGAUGGAGGGUGCAAAAGAAAGUUUGGAUGGCAUCAUUGACACAGUUUCUGCUCUUCAUUCCAUUAUACCUCUAAUUGGCUUACUAAAGUCUCAUGGAAAACUUGUUAUGGUUGGGGCAGUUUCGAAGCCUCUGGAAGUGCCAGCCUUUCCUUUGAUUAUGGGAAGAAAACUUGUUGCUGGUAGUCUGGUUGGAGGGUUGAAAGAGACACAGGAAAUGAUUGAUUUUGCUGCAAAACAUAAUGUGAAGCCUGAGAUUGAAGUUGUUCCCAUGGAUUACGUGAACAUUGCAAUGGAGCGCCUCGCUAAAGCUGAUGUCAAAUAUCGAUUCGUCAUUGAUGUUGAAAACACACUAAAACCAAGCUCUUGAGCUUUUUGCUCCAAAAAAGAAUAAUUGGUCAAUCAAUGAAGAAUGAUUAAAAUUAAAAUUGAGAGUUUCAUCUUUAUCAUGUUUUUCAUUUUAAUUUCCUUUUUAUGUAUUUUAAAUAAAGUUGAUGUUUCUGU